AUGAGCAGCAACCCUCUAGUGCUGUCGGCGGAGGCUCAGCAGGAGCUCGAGAAGGAGCUUAAGGCCGAAGACGUCUUCGAGCCGCAUAUCCUGGCAAAGUACGAUCCUGAAGCAGUCAAGAUCGUACUCCGAGGUGUCAAUGCCGGCGUCCCGCCUGUGGAUGCGGUGCCAAUCGAAGAGCGCCGUGCGAAUCCAGACAAGUACAGGCCACCUUGGUCCCAAGACACCACGGGCUGGGAGAGAGUGGUUGACAGCCACAUUAUUUCGGAUGAUGGCGCCGAGGUCCCAAUCAGAAUCUAUCAUCCUGAUCCUGAAGUCAAUGGAAAUGGGCCUUACGGAGUGCAUCUGAACUUUCACGGGGGAGGCUACGUAUUCGGGGACUUGGACAACGAGUCCACGAUUUGUGCGAGCAUGAGAGAUGGAGCUGGUAUCGUUGUCGUUGAUGUCAACUACCGGCAUUGCCCUGAAGUCGUUUGGGGCAAAGCAAUUGAGGAUGCCUGGGCUGCUUUACAAUGGGCAAGGAAAUCUGCAAAGUCAUUGAACAUCGAUCCAAGCUCUGUGUCGGUAGGUGGCAUCUCAGCUGGCGGCAACAUUUGUUUGAUUCUGCAACAUAUGGCCCGCGACAACGGGUUGCCUUUGAAACUCUGUUUGCCAACGGUGCCAGGCACUUCGACAUGCUUGGCAUACAAAUUCCACACGGAUUCCCCGUUCCUUUCCUUUCACCAAUUUUACAAUGGGCCGGUUCUUCCAUGGUCGGCAAUCAAGUAUUUCGGUGAUUACUGCUUUCCAAAGGAUAAACUAGACGAGAGAAUGGCCCUUGUUCCCGGCUGGUGGGCCUCGCCGUUGGAGGCAAAGAACUGGGUUGGACUGUGCGAAACGUAUUUAAGGACUGCUGAGUGCGACCCGUUGAGGGAUGAGGGGGAAGCUUAUGGGAUCAAAUUGAUCGCUGGAGGGAACAAGGUGACUAUAAAGCGAUAUAUCGGCAGCCCACACACAUUCAUGUUUUGGAAGGACUUCAAGCAGAAACAAGAGUGGGACGCAGACUCCAUUCAGGUAUUAAAGCGCGCACACGUUAAAGCAUGA